GCCCGAAUCCGGAAGUGGCCGUUGCAAAGCGGGCUGAGGCCUGGGCCGGGGCCGCAACGCGCGGCUCAGACACCGGGGCCGCCGCCAUGAGCUGGGCAAUGGGGGUUAAGUGACUUGCCCAGGGUCACACAGCUAGAUUCCGUUCAAGAUUGGGCAACCCAAGAAACAGAUUGUCCCGAAGACAGUGGAGAGAGACUUUGAAAGGGAAUAUGGAAAACUCCAGCAGCUGGAGGAUCAGACCAAGAAGCUGCAGAAGGACCUGAAGAAGAGCACUGAUGCAGAUCUCGCCAUGUCCAAAUCAGCUGUGAAGAUCUCUGCUGAUCUCCUCUCCAACCCACUUUGUGAGCAAGACCAGGAGUUUUUAAACAUGGUGACCGCGCUAGAUACAGCCAUGAAACGGAUGGACGCCUUUAACCAGGAAAAGGUGAACCAGAUCCAAAAGACAGUGAUUGAGCCCUUAAAAAAGUUUGGUAGUGUCUUCCCCAGCCUCAACAUGGCGGUAAAGAGGCGAGAACAGGCCCUGCAGGACUACAAGCGGCUGCAGUCCAAGGUGGAAAAGUAUGAGGAAAAGGAAAAGACAGGGCCAGUCCUGGCCAAACUCCAUCAGGUACGAGAAGAACUUCGGCCUGUGAAGGAUGACUUUGAAGCCAAGAACAGACAACUCCUGGAGGAGAUGCCUCGUUUCUACAGCAGCCGCCUUGACUACUUCCAGCCAAGUUUCGAAUCACUGAUCCGGGCCCAGGUUGUGUACUACACUGAGAUGCACAAGAUCUUCAGGGACUUAACCCAACAGCUCGACCAGCCUGGUCAUACAGAUGAGCAGAGAGAGCAGGAGAACGAGACCAAGCUGAGCGAGCUCCGAGCCCUCUCCAUCGUGGCUGAUGACUGAACACUACACAGAAUUCCCCCUGGGGCAGAGAUCCUCAUGCCACAUACACUCAGACCCAGUAAAGCCAACUCUGCGGUGAAGGGCGUAGAUAGUAAAAAAUUUUGCCAUAACCCACUGGCAAAGGGAGCAGGGGUAGCAUCUGCUACCUUUCGCUGGCCCUUAGACCACUCUAACCCUCUUGUUGGAGAGCUACUCCCUCACACCCUCAAGUUGCAGGUGGCCUCAUUUCAGUGCCAUGCCAUAGAAUGCCUGGCUCCGAGGAAGCUAUUGCCUCCUUCAGAGAGGAACACUAGUGGACAGUGAGACUGGGUAAUUAGUGUACAAGGAACAGUUUUGGGGGCUUUUAUUAUUUCCAAAAUAACUGGUCCUGCCUCAGCCUAGAGCCAUAGGUGUUAAGCAAGUCAGCUCUGGCUGGGCCAGAAUAGCAAGUCUUGACAUUGAAAUCAGGGAGUCUGGGGUAUUAGGCCUUGUAGUAUGCUGGUUUGCUUUAUUGUCUUGCUUCAGUGCCCUAGAGCCUUGCUUCUGGUGGUGACCCAACACCUCAAGUCAUUUUGUCUGAGUUGGAGAUAGGGCAGAUGACUCAGGGACAAACCAAAGUUGUCUUCCCUGAUCUGCCCAAGCAAGGACAAAGGAACCUGCCUGGGCUUCUAAGUGUUAAGAAAGAGCUAGUUGGUCUUGUUUUUCUUUCCAGUCUUCAUCCUGUGCCUCAACCAAAUGAAGAGUUCUAAGUUUUCCCCUGGAUACCUUUUGGGUUUCCAAAACUUGAGACCUUUUAGGGGUCUGAGAACUAGUUUAAAAUGUCAAUUUAAUGCUGUUUUUCUAUUGACCUGUCUACUCAGGAGCCCCAUGGAAAGGGCAAAAAGUCUGGGCUCCCCUGCCUUCAAUACUGGGGAUUUUAUUUUUUCACAGAAACUUAAAAUAAAGCCUAUACAUAUUG